AUGCAAGCUAGCGAGGCCACCAUCAAAGUGUUUGCAGAAAACCUCACUAUCAUCGAAGCGGACGGCGUCCUUCAUGAACCGUUGAGCAUGGACUCGAUUCAGAUCUUUGCAGGUCAGCGGUAUUCGUUCAUCAUGACUGCCGACCAGGUCAUCAACAACUACUGGAUUCGUGCCAACCCGAACACUGGUCCAGCCGGGUUCGCUGGUGGGACCAACUCGGCCAUCCUCCGCUGUCGGUCGCAUCUUUGGAUUGACCCGUCUCAGUCUAAACCUUCUCCUUCAAACAUCGGGGCGAACGAAUCCGAGCCGAAGACGCCGCAGGACACAUUGAUCAACGGCCUCGUGAACGAGGUGAACCUUCACCCGCUCGUCAAUCCUGGUGCCCCUGGUGGGGCUUUUAUCGGCGGCGCUGAUGUGCAGCUGAACUUGGCCUUGGGAUUCAAUCCGCUGAUCAUCAUCUACAAGGCAACGUUAAAAUUCACUAUCAAUGGCGCGACAUUUGUUCCUCCGACUGUUCCCGUACUGCUCCAGAUUCUGUCUGGAGCACAAACCGCGCAGUCAUUGCUGCCUAGCGGCUCGGUGUACACUCUUCCGCACUUUGCAUCCAUCGAGAUCACGCUUGCCGGGGGUGCAGUUGGUGGUCCCCACCCAUUCCACUUGCACGGACACGUCUUUGAUGUGAUCCGCUCGGCCGGAAGCAGCACCUACAACUAUGUCAACCCCGCCCGCCGCGAUGUGGUUAGCAUCGGGAAUGCCAGUGACAAUGUGACAAUUUGGUUCUUCACUGACAACCGCGGACUCCCCUCAGGGGACUAG